AUGAGCCAUCCCGCCGAUCUCGAGCGCAAGGGCUCCGAAAAAUCCCUCAGCGCCGACGCCAAGGUCAGCGAGAGCUCCGUUGACAAUGGCGCGCCCGCCGCCGGGAACGGGCACAUGCACCGUGCCCUCAAGGGAAGGCAAAUUUCCAUGAUUGCCAUCGCUGGCACGCUCGGUGCCGGUUCCGGAAAAGCCAUCGCGAACGGUGGCCCCGUUGGCGCCGUCAUCGGCUACACCAUCGUCGGUCUGCUCGUCGGUGCCAUGAUGUACUCUUUGGGCGAGAUGAUGUGCUGGGAUCCCAGUGCCGGAGGUUUCAUCGAAUUCAGCGCGCGUUAUGUGGAUCCCGCGCUCGGUUUCGCCAUGGGAUGGCAAUACUGGUUCCAGACCGUCAUGUCCUCGCCUGUUGAGAUUGUCGCCGCUUCUGUCGUGAUUCAGUACUGGGAUACCAACGAUGAUCACUUGGGCAUUUACGUUGCUGUCCUGCUCGUCGGCGUCGUUACCAUCAACAUCGUUGGCGUGAAAUACUUCGGAGAGUUCGAAUUCUGGUUCGCCGCCCUCAAGAUCCUCACCGUCGUCGGCUUGAUCCUCGUCGCGCUCGUUAUCGACCUUGGUGGAGCGCCUGACCACGACCGCCGCGGCUUCCGUUACUGGAGGGAUGCACCCCUCAACGAUGAUUACCUUGGCAUCAAGCCCAAGUCGAAGGCGCGCUUCCUCGGCUUUUGGGCUGUGCUCACGCAAGCCGCCUUCUCGUACGGUGGUAUGGAGACGCUCGCAUCCAUCGCGCUCGAGGCCAAGAACCCGCGAGUGACGAUGCGGACCGCCGUCCGCGCCAUCUUCUACCGUAUCGUCGUCCUCUACGUUGUAUCCCUCUGGCUCGUCGGCAUGUGCAUCUCGCGCAAGGACCCGGCCCUGCUCCAGGCCAACUCGGAGGACAGCGGUACCGCCGCGGAGGCGCCGUUCGUCAUCGCCAUCAAGACGUCCGGUAUCAAGGUCCUGGACCACAUCAUCAACGCCGUUGUCCUCACCUCCGCCUUCUCCGCCGGCAACGAGUUCAUGUACGCGUCCUCCCGCGCGCUCUUCAUGCUCGCACAGGAGGGCAAGGCGCCGCGCAUUUUCACCAAGGUGCACGGCAACGGCGUGCCCGUCUACUCCGUCGCCGUUUCCGCCGCCUUCGCGCUCCUCGCCUUCCUCAACUGCGGCAAGGGCGGCGCGGCCCAGGCGUUCAACUGGCUCUCGAACAUCACCGCGCUCGGUUCCAUGCUCACCUGGUGGGGCAUCGGCGUCACCUUCCUCCGGUUCCACAGAGGCAUGAAGGUCCAGGGCAUGUCCCGCGAUGUUCUGCCCUUCCACACCAUGUUCCAGCCCUACUUCGCGUGGGCCGUGGUCAUCGCGUUUACGAUCAUCAUGUUCUUCAACGGCUGGACGUCGUUCAACGGCGGUUGGAAUGCGUCCGACUUCUUCUCGAGUUACAUCAACAUUCCCUUCAUGUUCAUCCUCUACGUCGGAUGGAAGCUCUUCUACAGGACCAAGAUCGUCCCUUACGAGACAAUGGACCUCACCAGCCACUACGAGGAGGGCUCGGAAGUGUACAGCAAAUACUAA